AUGACCAUCUCUCCGGCAGACUUGUCGCAGGCAGAGACUGUUCCAGGCACCGUCCACUUGGUCGACCUGGACCACAGUGUUCUCGCUCGCCAUGCUACUGCCAAUGGAGACAUUAUUCUCAACCCAACUCCCUCGAACGAUCCCCACGAUCCCCUGAAUUGGAGGCCUCGGAGAAAGCUGCUCGCACUUGUCUGCGCAAAUCUAUACACCUGGUUCACGGGCAUCUCGGUCUCGGUGGUCUAUUCGGUACUUGUCAAGCUAUCCAAAGAGUCCGGCGUGUCCGUCGCCUCCAUCAACGAAGGGACGGGUUAUAUGUAUCUUCUCCUGGGUUGGGGUCUGCUGUUCUGGACGCCAGUUUCUCUGAAGUACGGCAAGCGGGUUGUGUACCUGAUUUCCGUCCUCGGUGCAGUUGGAACAAGUGUGUGGAGUGCAUAUGUCAAAAGCAACGGCGAGUGGAUUGCCAAGUCCAUCGUGCAAGGCUUCUUCAUUGCCCCAAUCGAAGCCCUUCCUGAGAUAUCCAUCACGGAUCUUUAUUUCACCCACGAACGCGGAACGUAUAUGGCAACCUAUGCCUUCAUGCUUGCUGGAAGUAAUUACUUUGCCCCGAUCAUUUGUGGUUUUAUCGCGGAGUACCAAGGCUGGCAAUGGGUGUUCUACUGGCCAGCCAUCUUCUUGGCUGCUGUUUUCGUGUUCCUGUUCCUCUUCAUGGAAGAAACGACCUACCACCGUGCACCUCGACGGUCAGCGACGCAACCUAGUAUUCAAAGUGUGGAAGCGCCUAUCCCUGCCGAAGGGAAGAGCGAGAGCAAGGACGCGAUGUCACCGGGCGAUGUUGUGGCUCCCAAUCCACAACAGGUCGAAAAUGGUCAGCUGUACGCAGCUCCGAGGUCAUUUUUUCAGAAGCUAUCAAUCUGGCAUGCGAACCCACAUGAGAGCAUGCUGGCCCGCUUUAUCAAGAUUGUCAAGUUGUCGUCUUGGCCCUUGAUUCUCUAUGCCGGCUUCUCCUACGGCUCCUACCUCAUCUGGUUCAACGCAGUCAACGCAACCACUUCAAUCAUUCUAUCGGGCCAUCCUUACAACUUUUCCUCAGCCAUGGUUGGGCUCAGCUACGUCUCGUGCUGUAUCGGCGUUCUAGUUGGCGGCCUGACUUCCGGUCGGCUCAGCGACUGGUUGACCGUCAAGCUUGCGCGCCGGAACAAUGGUGUUAUGGAAGCCGAGCAUCGAUUGUGGCCUUUUGCUUCUUGUGUCAUCGUGGUACCGGGCGCCUUGAUUCUGUGGGGAGUCGGUGCUCAGCACGAGGUUCACUGGUUUGGCCUGGUCUUUGCUUUGGGCUGCCUCGCCUUCACCAUGACCAUGGGGGUGACUCUGAGUGUCAACUACCUGAUUGACUGUUAUCACGACAUCAGCUCGGAUGCAAUUGUUAUCGUCAUCAUCGUCCGCAACACUAUGUCAUUUGCUGUCAGUUAUGGGAUCACGCCAUGGUUGACAAAUCUGGGCUAUCAAAAGUGCUUUAUUUCCGCCGCAUUCAUCGGUAUGGCUGCUUCGUCUGUAUUUCUUGUAAUUGUCAAGUACGGCAAGUCCCUCCGUCUCAAGAGCGUCAAGAAAUACCAGGAUCUUGUGGCGAGUGACACAGUCAACUUCGACGCGGACAGCAGGCUUUGGAUCAUGAUGCGCAGUCGCUCGUCGCAGAAACUCCGGACCAAGACCGGGUGCCUCACCUGUCGUCAGCGACGGAGGAAAUGCGACGAGGGACGUCCUGUGUGUAGAGUCUGUUGUGUCGGCAAGCGGGAAUGCAAGUGGCCAACCUCGGCCGACCUGCUCGAUCGUCGCUUCUUGUCGCAUGCUCAGUCACGGCAUAAGCCUCAUGAGCACCAGGCUCAAGAGGACCAGCCUGAGAGCCGCGAUGACACGACGUGGACUAUCACUGAGAACCAAGACGGGGCCUCUCGACCUGCUCUCCGGCAAAUGCUUGAGUUCCUUCCCAUCGAGGCAUCGAUGGCGCAGGGUGUCAUGACUCGUGAUCUGGAGCUGGUCGUUUCGAAGCAUUUCUUCGACAACUACUAUGGACUAUUGAUCUUGCCUGGAUGCCACCCGGAUUUCUUCAACGGCUGGCUGACCGAGAUCAUGCUGCUCAUGACACCGCGCGAAGCCAUGUACGACGCAGUCAUAGCGUGCGCUGCAUCACAUCUUUAUUACUCCGAGAACUGCUCGCGGAUGCGUGAGCUCGCUCUCACGUACUACUCGCAGGCCAUUACAAAGCUAUCGCGACUCCUCGCUAUUACGGUGGAUCCACAGGAUCAUGAUGGGACGCUUAUGGCGGUCAUGCUGCUGUACAUCCAUGGGGUCAUGGGAUGGGGCACAUAUUCUGACAUAACCCGGCACCUCAAAGCAGCGAUAGGUAUCGUUGAUGCGCAGGUCCUCAGGAGGCCGGUCGGGGCUGAUUUAGCUACCGACAUCUUGGUCAUCGAAAGCAUCCUUUACCACAUCUUUCAUGUGUCGACAGGCCUGUGGUCAGACACAAGGGGUCCGGAUUUUUAUUUUGAUCUCGACUUUUGGAUCCGGGCAGAGAGCCGGCUCGACCAAGAAUCUCUGGUCCCCGGAGAAGCGAGGAGUUGCAACAGCCCGGUGCUCGGCGUUCCGGUAUCGCUGAUGCGGCUCGCUCUGCUACUUCGGCAACAAUGCCAACAGUCAUUCGUGGUGGAUCUGGAUCACAUCCAGAGUAUGGAGAACGAGGCCGCCGUCUGGGAGAGGACUUUGCUCCGCGACUCGGACGCAGGCGCACCUUCUGCCGAGCUAAUCGAUCCUCAGAAGGACCUCUGCAGAGAUGCGAGCUCUCUCUAUGCCAUCAUCGUCUCGCUACUCCUGACGCAAACACCAAGAAAAGAACCUGGGCCGCCUCUAGAGGUCCCGAGCAGUGACUGGCGCAUACAGAGAGCGCUGGCAAUUGUCACAAAAUACGCCAGCGACGACGGCUGGGCCAAGUGCUUCAUCGGCAACUGGCCCACCUACACUCUUGGCUUCUUCAUGUCGCGGCCUCAGGACCGAGAGGUCAUACGCUCUGAUUUGGAGAGGCGGUGGGAACUCACCAAGAUGGCACAAGUCCUACGUUUCCGCAACGACUUGGAGAGCAUAUGGGCCUCACGUCAUGAGCAUGGUUUAUUACUUAAGGCGGAUUAG